CGGAUGGUAACAGUCAGAUGUAUCCUAUAGCAUGGGCAGUGGUUGAAGUCGAGAAUGAGGUGUGCUGGAGUUGGUUUGUUAACAUUCUAACUCAGGAUUUGAACUUAGGAGAUGGAGAGGGAAUUACAAUCUUAAGUGAUCAACAAAAGGGACUUGAGAAUGCAGUGAAGGAUCUUCUUCCAAUGGCUGAGCAUAGGAAUUGUGCACGGCAUAUCUAUGCAAAUUGGAAGAAAACUCACAAAGGGCCAGCACUAAAGCAACAUUUCUGGAAGAUAGUUAGAAGCACAUAUAUGGAGGAGUAUGAUGGUGCAUGCCACGAGUUAGAGAAGGAAGAUGGGCAGGCUUAUGCUGAUUUGAUGGAUAAGAAUCCUAGCAAAUUCUGUAAGGCCUUUCUAACUCCGGUCCAAUGUUCUGAUGCAAUUCUAAACAACGUCUGUGAAUGUUUCAACUCUUAUAUCCUUGAGGCAAGGAAUAAACAUAUAAUAGAUAUGCUUGAGGAAAUUAGAAUUGCAUUGAUGGAGAGGUUGUAUAGAAAGAAUGUUGAAAUUAAGAGUGCUGAGAGGAGUUCAAGCAUAUGUCCAAAAAUAAGGAAAAAAAUUGAAGCUAUGGUUUAUGAGAGUAGAAACUGCACAACUAUUCCUGCAAUAGGGGGAAAAUUCGAGGUUAAACACUUUCAGGACAGAUUUGUAGUUAUUCCAACAUUGAGGAAGUGUGGUUGUAGGAAAUGGGAAUUGACUGGCAUUCCCUGCGUGCAUGGAUGUGCUGUGAUUAAUUUCCUUAAGCAAAAUAUGGAUGACUACGUCAAUGAAUGGUUUUCAGUGGGUAAGUAUAAGUUGGCAUAUGGGUAUGGGCUCCCAGCUUUAAAUGGGGAGAAAUUGUGGCCGGCUGCAGAAGGAUUGCCUGUUAUCCCACCACCUAUUAGGAAGAUGCCGGGUAGGCCUAAGAAGGUUAGGAGAAGGGAUCCAUACGAGAAAGAACCAGAAAGACCAAACAAGCUUAGGAAAACAUGCCAAAUGACUUGUCAGAAUUGUUUCCAAGAAGGCCACAACAGUAGGACUUGCAAAAAUGAUACUGUUCAUUUGCCACCUAAACCAAAGGGAAAAAAGGGGAGGCCUCGCAAAGCGCCGCUGCAAUCAACUACACCUGCAACAACUGCGAUUCCAGGGAGAGGUCGUGGUGGAGGUCGUGGUGGUGGAGGUCGUGGUGGAGGUCGUGGUGGUGGAGGUCGUGGUGGAGGUCGCGGUGGAUCUAUUCCUACGCAAGAAAGUAACACAAACACCUGAAGAAAUGAGUAGUCUCACUUUUGACUUGGUGAUGCAGUUUAGUAGUGAAUGAUAUGUAUUUGGAUGUUAUAACAACACUACUUUUGGAGUAUAUGUAUUAGAGAAGACAAUCUGUACUCUUAUCUGCAGCUCAGUAGUAAAUGAUAUGCUUUUGGAUGUUAUAAUCAUG